UUCAUCUGCUCUUUCCAGCCCCUCCCUCCCCGCCGCACAUACACGUCACCCCCACUCGUCCUGCAUUGUACAGGCUAGACAGCUUAUUUCACUCACCGCUUUUACCCUAUAAAUUCGUCAACGAUCCUGAGAGCCCCUCAGUCUUCAGACACCUUCUCAUACUCCCUCACAAUGUCUUACACAAAGAAAGCUGUGCACUUUGGUGGUGGUGCCAUCGGACGUGGCUUCGUUGCCGAGUUUUUACACAACUCCGGCUAUGAAGUCACUUUCGUUGAUGUCGACCGUAAACUCGUGGACAACCUCAACAAGAUUCCAUCAUAUGUGAUUACCGAAAUUGGAGAUGAUGGCGAGAGGCAAUUCACCAUUGACCACUACAAAGCUCUCCAUGGCAUAGAUGAUUUCGCCACGGUUGUGAAAGCGAUCGCCGAGGCUGAUGUUGUCACCUGUGCUGUCGGGCCCACCAUUCUGCCACGCAUCUCGAAACCUGUGGCUGAGGCCAUUGCAGUACGAGAACUCGAUUACCCCCUCGCUGUCAUUGCUUGCGAGAAUGCUAUCAACGCCACAGAUAACUGGCGUGGGUUCAUCGAAGGGCAUGUAAAAGCAGAAUAUCUCAAGGACGGAAAGAUUCCAUCGGACUCAUCGAAGGCUCGCUUCGCCAACAGUGCCGUCGACCGCAUUGUCCCCAAGCAACCUGAGGGCUUCGUCUUGGAUGUUAAGAUCGAGAAGUUUUAUGAAUGGUGCGUCGAGGAAGUGCCAUUCGAGAACGGUGGAAAGAAACCCGAGAUCAAGGGAGUCCACUUCGUCAAGGACCUACAACCUUAUAUUGAGCGCAAGCUGUUCACCGUCAAUACCUCUCAUGCUACUGCUGCAUACUAUGGAUACAACGCAGGUAUUGGCCUCAUCCAUGAAGUCCUUGCCGACAAGAAGAUCCAUGAUACCAUUCGUGCAGUCGUGAAGGAGACCGCUCACCUGAUCUCCAACAAGCACAAGAUCGACACAAAGGAGCAGAACGACUACGUUGAGGCUAUCAUCAAAGCGGUUUAUUAACCCUGCUGCUCACCUUGUUGAGAUGGGUGAGAAGGUUGACAACCUCCUCGGAGCCAUCGAGAUGGGUUUCCGCUUCCAGAAUGUCGAGGAUGACGAGGAAUCUGUCGAGCUAGCUAAGAUCUUGAAGGAGAACAGCGCUGAAGAUGUGGUCACCAAGGUCUGUGGACUCAAGAAGGAUCAUGGUCUAUACCCUCAAGUCGUGGCGGUUGUCAAGAAAGUACAGGCCUCAUAAAGGUCACGCCUUUGAGGAUCUCAUGCAGACGGUUAAUGAUCUGAUAAACCCCAACCAUAGAUGGUGGGAUUGGUAGAUCAUUAGCUCUCGUGCCUUAGAACCAUUUAUAUUAUCUGCAUAAAUAUCUGCUCGAACAAAUCAAUUCCUGUUGGC